UGCGCAUAAAUGCAGAGCUAUGCAUUCCCUCGUAGCACAUAAGAAUAAGAACAAUGAUUAAAAUGAAACAAUUUCAAGAGUAUAAGAUUUCAAAUGUCAAACUAAAAUUGAAAGGACCAAAAUGAGACUUGAUUAAAAGUGAGGGAUUAAUGAUGCCGUUUAUCCUGUUAUCAAAGUUAGGUUCAGGACCAAGUUAUAUGCCGAAAACAUUUCCAUCAGGAUUAGUAGAUUGGACUUUGUUUACAUUAUUAUUAUUAUAGCUAUUAUUAAUGGUAUUGGAUAAGCAAAUGGGAUUGCCUAAAUCACACUCCAUUGACUGGUUGACUCUUAAGCCGGAGAGAAUUGACAAACAAAAGGUUCCCAUCAAUGUAUUUUAUGUGGACAGAGCUGACUGGUUGACUCAAGGAGGACAGAAUGACAAAGAAAGGCUAUAGGCAAUCAGAGACUGACUACAUCCAGUUUCACACAGUUUCAGGCCUCAUUCCGGCGUCAUCCCCCGACUCGGCUGCGAGAGAGAGAGAGAGAGAAGGAGAGAGAUGUCGGAAGACGCUUUAGUUUCCUACAUAGUGAACAAAAUUGGAGACCUAUUCACCCAAGAAAUUCCUCUAAUUUGGAAGGUGGCGGACGAUGUUGAAUCACUGAAACAAGAACUGCAGGCACUUGAGAUCUUCCUCAACAAGAUGGACUACAAGCAGAGACAAGACGCGGCCACAAAGAAUUGGUUGAGCUCCGUUAGAGACGCAGCUUAUGAAGCAGAGGACUUGAUCGACACCUAUUCGCUCGAGAAGAGGUAUGCUCCUGCCACUAGGAUAUUUCAUUCUUAUUCAGUGAAUAAACAAAUCGAAGAGUUGAAAUACAAGAUCCGUGAGAUUGUCGAACGUAGAACUAUAUACGUACCUAAAUUGCACGAGCAAAGAGACGAAGGAAGCUGCAGUAGUACAGCUGCAGAUCAAGGUCAUUUGCAUCCGUGGAGACGGUCAUUUCCACACCUUGGUGAUGAUGUGGUUGUCGGUUUCGAACAUGAUGCUGAUCUUAUAGUGGAGAGGUUGCUUCACUCGGAGCGGCGUCGACAGGUUGUAGCCAUCACCGGGAUGGGUGGUGCAGGGAAAACCACUCUUGCGGCUGUGGUUUAUAAAUUAUUUUCUAAAGCUACCGUACGCGGUCACACCCAUUUUGCCCGGCUUAAAGAAGUGGACUCCAGAGGUGAGCUUCGAAACCACUUUGAUGUUUGUGCUUGGGUGCCUGUUCAUCAAGAUCCCGACAUUACGGAGCUUGUAAUGAUCAUGAUUGACCAACUAGGCUUAAUUGAAUCUGUGAACACUAUGGAAGAUCAAUUAUAUCAUAGGAGGAGCUGGAUGAUCCAUUGCUUAAAGGAGAAGCUAUAUUCAUUUUUGGAGCAGAGGAGAUACCUAAUAGUGUUGGAUGAUAUCUGGAGGAAAAGAGUAUGGGAUCAAUUAAAACUAGCUCUUCCAAAUUCGGACAACGGGAGUAGAAUAAUAGUAACAACUCGAUUCAAGGAUGUUGCCAUUUAUCACGACCCAGGUUCCGAACCCUACGAAAUGAAGCCCUUAAACGAGGAUGAUAGUUGGCGACUUUUCUCUACAAAAGUGUUUCCACAAUUAACUCCGCAUGAUCAACCUAUAUGCCCGAGAGAACUAGAGGACUUGGGUCGUCAGCUCUGUAGGAAAUGUGCCGGUUUGCCUCUUGCUCUAGUGGUACUGGGAGGUCUUGUUUCGAUAAAACUGAAGCAUCCGUUGGUGUGGUCGAAAUUACUUGAUAAUAUGAACUGGGAUUCGACGGAUGAUGGGAAGCAAUGCUUAGAAAUCCUUGCUUUGAGCUACUACGACUUGCCUUACAACAUGAAAUUUUGUUUUCUUUACUUGGGAGCUUUCCCACAAGGUUCUGAAAUCAGUGCCUCAAAAUUGACGAAGUUGUGGAUCGGAGAUGAUCUGAUACCAAAAGAAGAAGGUAUAACACUAGAGGGUACUGCAAGCAACUACUUGGAGGAGUUGGCACAAAGGUGCCUGGUUGAAAUAGUGAAGCGAGGACCUGAUAUGAGUAUAAAAAAGGUAAGAGUCCAUGACCUCUUGGGUGAGCUAGCAAAGUCCGAAGCAAGAGAGAGUCGAUUCCUUCAGGUAGAAACUAUAACUAGUAUUGAAGAAGAGUCAAAGCCCCAAGAGAUAGCUGCCCGUCGUAUGGUGCUCCAUCAAAGCUUCGGUGUAUUAACAGGAAUUUUGGAUGAAAAAUUAAGAGCUCUUUUAGUUUUCCCCACAGGCAGAAUCACUCAAAUCUCUAGGUACAACAGGAAAAGAUGGUUCCAUAACUGGUCAAUAGAUUACUUCAAGUUUUUUCGAAACAUUAAUCAGACUGAUAUAAGAAUGGAAUUUCUCAGAGUGCUCGAACUUGAUGGAUUUACAAAAAACAACAUUCUUGAACUUCAUAUUAAAGAUAUGACUAGAUUAAGAUACCUGGGAUUGAGAGACACCAAUUUUGCAAUGUUACCAUUUUCUGGAGGCAUCCCUCCACAUCUGCAGACUCUAGAUAUAAGAGGUACAUUUAUCACAGCGUUGCCAUCUGAAGUUUGGACGCUUUCAAAACUUCGCCACUUAUACUUGAAUUCAAUGAGUUUGCUGGACUCACAAGCAUUGAGAUACAUGCAAACCCUCUCAGAAGCUACUUCUACUACAAGUAUCAGGGUGUCUUGCAUGCCACUGCAUAAUCUUCAAACCCUUAAAAUCGAUGCUGAUCGCGAUACUCCAAAAACUACCGACAGAAAAUUGGUUGGGUAUCUUAAGUUGUUAAGUAGUUUGAACUCUCUAACAUUAAGAGCCAAGGAGAUACCUCAAGAGGUUUUUAAAGCAACAUCAUCUCAUACAAAGCUAUAUAAGUUGAAGUUAGAUGGAACAUUGCAGCCCGAUGAACUCUGCAGUAUCAAAAAUUUUGCACCUAACAUCAUCGAGCUCACAUUGUCUCGUUCAAACUUGAAAGGAGAGCCGACACAAAUACUAGGGCAGAUAAAAAAUCUCAGGAUUCUCAAAUUGACAGAUAAUGCUUGCCAAUGUCGAGAGAUGUCUUGUUCGCCAGGCAACUUCCCUAAUUUAUCAUACCUUAAGCUCAGCAACCUAUCUCAUUUAGCAUUGCUCAACAUGGAGCGCGGAUCCUUUCCAAAUCUUAUGUGCUUGUCUAUCCAUUGUUGCACCAAUCUGCAUGCGGUUCCGAAUGGUCUGAAUCACAUCACCACCUUACAAGUUCUAAAAUGUAAAAAGAUGCCGUCUAGUUUCGUGGAGGAGAUUACUGACUGGCGCAGGACGCAUGCUGUGAGAGUCAUCAUCCAAGACCGCUAGCCACUACAAGAUCUUUCUCCAAUAGCCUAAACAUAUCGUAUGGAAGAAGAAGAUUAGUACCUGAUACCCACUCUUAAAGACAACUACUUAUGUCCAGCCACUGAUGCUUUGUUCUUUCUGGGCACAACGCCGAAAUAUUCUCUACAGAAAUUGGCAGCAGUGCAGUACUACAGCAGUCUAAUCUACAACAGCAUGCCUUAAACAUUAUAAGGCUUGUCCAUUUACCUAAUCUAUGCAAACAGUCUAUCAUAGUUGUCUACUUAAUGCAGUAAGAUGCUUCUAGAGAUACUCUGAUGGAUGCCUCAGAUAUUUAUACAAUUACACAUCAGUGAGGAUGAAAUGCAGUACAAAUCAUGCGGCCACAAAUAAAUGCAACAAAAAGGGUUGG